CGGCAUGUAUAUUUCGAAUCAGGGUGGGAUUCAUUAUCUUCAUCGGAUGUGAGGCACCGUGAACGAUAAUCUUCUCGGUAGGUUGAUAUUCAUUAUCACCGACUUCUUUCAACAGAGUCCAUCCUGAAACCACCCCGCCAAAUAGGCACCCCAUACACAGAUAUGGACCAGACACAUACACGGGCCCUGGAGGCUCUCCAACCAUUCAUCCAUCUUGCAAGCUCGAACAGUGCAACCUCUCCCCGUCUAGUCGCCAAUCUGAUCACAAAUGCAACGUCCAACCCGCAUACCUACGUCUUUGCAGAGCUCCUCGAGACGCCAACCGUCCAGGCGCUUCGAUCCAAGGAAACACCAGAAGAGUAUCAAGGGUACAUUACUCUUCUAGAGAUCUUUGCCUGGGGUACAUGGCAAGAAUAUCAUUCAACACCGAACCUCCCCCCUCUUAACCAGGAACAAACCCUUAAACUUCGCCUGCUAUCUCUCCUCAGCCUAGCAGCAACAAUCAAACCCCUGACCUACGACACACUCAUGACCACGCUCUCUAUCUCCACCCCCUCUGAACUCGAAUCUCUCGUCACCACCGCUAUCUACUCAUCGCUCAUCACUGCUCGUCUUUCACCCGCAACUAACCCGCCAACGAUAAAUGUGACUUCCGUCGCUCCCCUGAGAGAUGUCAAGCCGCAAUCCCUGCCUACAAUGAUCUCCGUGUUCACGGAAUGGGAACUACGCUGCGCAGACGUUAUCAGUGGAAUAGAAGCUGAGAUCGCUAAGAUCUAUGCUGACGCGAAGAAGCGACGGGAGAGAGAAUACGCGAGAGCACUGUUACUGGAGAAAGCAAUGUCAGAACCCAGAGGGCGUAGGAAAAGCCAGGCCAAGGACAGCGGCGGGGUAAAGCUCGGGUCUAGCUUUGGCGGUGGCAGUGGGAGUAAUAAGCGGGAGUUCAGUGAUGAUGAAGGGUAUCAUGGUGAUGAAGGCCUAGGGGAGCUGGCCUCAUCAAGAAUGGAUAUCGAUGAAGGUGCUGGAGCAUCUAGGGCUGGGACCAGCGGUGGCGGCAGUGCCAGACAUGCGAAGCGUGUUCUCGGGAAAAAGAAGCCUUGAUUCUAGCGGUCUAUGCCAGAUCUAUGGCGUUUGUGAUGUAAUGGAUCGUCAAGGAUAGACAGGGGCAGGGCAGAUAAUUUUCAGAGCGAGAAGUGCA